AUGCCCUCAGGCGGCUCGCACCAGCGGUACGACGAGACGAUCCGGACGACGAUCACGCAACAACUCGAGGCGGGGAUCCCGUGCAACAAGAUCGCGUGGUUCAACCGGGUGUCGACGUCGUUCGUGUCGCAGCUGAACGUGCGCCGCAAGACGCCGGCCGACGUGCUCGCGGCGGCGGCGGCGAACAAGAAGCGGCGCGGGCCCGUCGGCAAGAUCUCGCGCGAGGCCCACGACGCCAUGGUGCGGUUCGUCGACGAGAGGAGUCGGAGUCGCAGUCGGAGGAGUAUGAGUAUGAGUAUGAGUACCGAUGGUUCGAACUCGAACUCGACGACGACGACAUCAACGACACCUUGCACGCACGCCGAGGUCGCCGAGUUUCUGAGGGAGUCGUUUGGCGUCGAGGUCAGCGGGCCGACGAUCAGUCGGACAUUGAAGAAAUGGCGGGUCGAGAGGGAGAGGGAGAGGGAGGCGGAGCAGGCACGUGAGCGGGAGCGCGAGCGUGAGCGUGAUGCCCGUUUGAGAGCGGAGGUCGCGGCCCUGGUCGCUGCUGGCUCGACGGUUGAUGAGCUCCGUGCUGUGUCGAGGCGCUUGCGAAGGAGCGUGCUGGAGCUACUGCCUCAGGUGCAGCAGUACUAG